UAACGUUCUGCCCAUGCGAAGAUGGAUUGUGGAAAGCUGCGGCCCCGACUGUCGACCUGAGAUUGACAUGCUUCAAUCUCGGAACGUGGCAGGGUAUGUGUGUGAAGUAAAGAGAGGUUUUAUCCUCCUUUUUAUCAUGACGUCCAAUUUUCAUCCACCAACGAGGCCAAUCGUCUUAAACAGCGGCCAUAUUGCCAUACAUAAUCGCACACUCGGCCUUCGCUGUCAUGACCGACGCUUCCGCGACGCAGUCGUUUGUGACGAGCAAACAGACAAGCUCUUCGAAUUCACAGCUAAAGACAUCGGCACAUCUUGGACAUUGCGACGCAGCCUGGUAAAUUCAACAACAGGUCAACGACUUUUGGACCUUCGACACACGAAAACGAGCUACAAAGUCUGCGUAAUCGAAGAUCCUGAUGGAAACGAGUUCUGCAAGAUCAAAGACACGACGAGCACUUUCAGCUCCAAAUUCACUUCCGUGGACGCUCAGGUCGUUGGGAACGGUGGAGAACCAACUAUUGAGAUGCGUUCUUUUCGACGCGAGCGGUAGUAGGACGACCUUCCAGGUUGAUUAAACCAAUAUUGCUGAGAUGACCUUGACGGAAAAUAAUGAUGCCACAUUCUUGCACAGACGCGGACUGGAUCGCACGACUUGGAAACUGGAGAUGGCUCAAGGUGUUGAUGUCGCUUUGAUCAUCGCAUUGGCUUUUGUUCGUGCUGAGAUCUCACAUCCCUGGCGCCGAUAGCCAAUGGCUGUAUCGCAAGUACACACUCGACAACAGCAUGGAAUCCUCGUGCA